AUGGCAUCAAGACUCGACCGCCUUGUGACUAUCCUGGAGACUGGAAGUACCCGUCUCAUCCGGGACACGGCCGUGAACCAGCUUGCCGACUGGCAGAAGCAUCAACCAGAGGAGCUCUUCAACCUCCUCUCUCGAGUGGUCCCUUAUCUGCGACACAAGGACUGGGAGACCCGGUCAACUGCUGCUAAGGCCAUCGGCAAGAUCAUCGAAAAUGCAGAAGCUUACGACCCAAACGCAGAUGAGGAGCCCGUGGCGCCCAAGAAGCAGGACGAAGACGACGGUGAUGGCUUCGUCAAGAAGGAGGACAGGGAAGCGCCAACCCUCCUCGAGGAUGACACGUUGAGUCUAGACACCCUCAACGUGACAAACAUAAUAAAAUACGGCAGGGAACUACUACGAGGUGGCACCGUCGACUACGCACUCGGCGCAUUGGAUCCACAGGCCCGUCUAGCUCAUCAAAAGAAGACUCUCAUCGGUCGACUAGGUCUACUUGGCCGCAUAUACGAGGACGAGGAGUUGCCUGUCUCUCGUGAUAGUGCCAGCCCCAGCACACCAGCCGACACGAAUGGCUUCAACGGCAACCAUCAUGGGGCACCUGCGCCCCACUCGACAGAGGAGAGUGGCAUGAGCGCAAGGCAGCUCAACGUUCUGAAGCGGAAGAGGAAGCGCGAAGCUCAGAAAGCUGCCCAGGGCAAGGGUGGCUUCGGCGACCUCUCGCUCCGCCGCGCAACCACCGCUGGGUCUGAAGGUUUUCCGGAUGAGACACCCAUGGCCGAUGCCGACUCCAAGAAGAAUGGCAAGAUGGCUGAUUACUUCAGCCUUGACAGGCCCACUGACAUUGACGAAGACUCGAAAGUUGUUUCCGAGUACAAGGGCCCUAUCAUACCGAUCAAAUCGGAACUCGAGACAGACGUUGUCGUCGAAGGCAUCGAGUGGCCCUACGAGCGGCUCUGUGAUUUCCUCAAGAUUGACCUUUUCGAUCCUUCUUGGGAGACAAGACACGGUGCAGCCAUGGGUCUGAGAGAAGUCAUCAGGGUCCAUGGUGCAGGUGCUGGUCGAUGUCGCGGCAGGUCACGCAGCGAGAACGAUGAGCGGAACCGGAAGUGGCUCGAUGAUGUUGCCUGCCGGCUAUGUUGUGUUCUGAUGCUGGACAGAUUUACAGAUUACAGCUCAGACACAUCGGUGGCACCAAUCCGUGAAACGGUGGGCCAGACACUGGGCUCCGUCCUGUUUCACUUUCCCGCAAAUUCUGUGCAUGCCAUCUAUCGCAUUCUCUAUCGGAUGGUCAUGCAAGAAGACCUGCCCUUGGAACAGCAUGUCUGGCCCAUCUGCCAUGGUGGCAUGGUGGGACUCCGAUAUGUUGUUGCUGUGCGCAAGGACCUCCUCAUGGAAGACGGCGACAUGAUUGAUGGCAUUAUCCGUGCUGUCAUGAAGGGCCUGGGCGACAGAGAUGACGAUGUGCGUUCAGUCAGCGCUGCCACAUUGAUCCCCAUGGCGAAGGAGUUUGUCACGCAGCGUCCAGGCGAGUUGAACAAGCUGAUCUAUAUCGUCUGGGAGGGUCUCGCCGAUCUUAGCGACGAUCUGAGUGCCUCCACGGGCAAGAUCAUGGACCUUCUCGCCAUUCUCUGCGGUUUCCCCGAAGUUCUCUCCGCGAUGAAGACGUCGGCCAAGGAAGACGAGGAGAGGUCAUUCACCGUUCUCGUCCCUCGACUGUACCCAUUCCUCCGUCAUACCAUAACUUCUGUCCGUCUCGCAGUCUUAAAAGCUCUCAUGACAUUUGCAAAGUUAGACGCAGAGUCAUCCCAGGGCUGGCUCGACGGCAGGCUCCUCAGGCUCAUCUUCCAGAACCUCCUUGUGGAACGCGACCCGGAGACGCUCGAGAUGUCCCUCGAGCUGUGGACUGCUCUCGUCAAGUCGCUUUCCCAGAGCCCAGCAGUGCUGGCAAUGGAGUUCUCUUCUCACAUCGCCCCGUUGAUGGAGCUCUCGCUGCAUCCCAUCGGCGUGCAGCGCAACCCGAUACCUAUGAAUGCAACAUUGUUCCUGAAACCGUCGGGUGGCACCUAUGCCCCUCUGGCAGGUGCACCACCGCCUCCACCACCACCCCGAAGAUCUAGUCCAUCAGAAGGGGGCGAGCGAGCCACGAAGCGGCGCAGAAAGUCCACCAAGGUCGAGGAGGCCAUACCUUCCCAGUCUCAUGAUCUCGAUGGACGCAUGAUGUCAGGUGAUGUCGACCUGGUUGGCAUGGAAACACCCGUGCGAUCCCGGAUAUACACCGCUAGAGCUAUGGGCAUUAUCAUGUCCCGGGUACCUUCGACAGACCUGCAGGAGUACGACGCGAACAUUCAGCGUGGUCUCUCUUCGGCGUUCUCAUCCACCCAGCUGGCCGCUUGCAUGAUUGUAGAUGAAUAUGCCAAGAAUUGUGAGAGCACAGAACAGUGUUCCCGGUUUGGCCCGCUGUUGCAGCAGAUGGUCGAGGGUGAACGGCCACCCUGCUAUCGCGACCUUGUCAGCUAUAUCAAGGCAGUCCGCACACAGUGCCAGCAAUUAAUUAACCUGUUCCGCGACCACGGCAAGGUCUCCAGUGGCAAGCUCCCGGUACUGGCUGUGGUUGUCCAAGGCGAGGCCGAAGCAGGACCAGGAGCAUUUUCGAUCAUCAACGCGGAGAAGGUGGUAAAUGAGGACUAUGAGAAGCUGAAGAAGGUCAUGGCUCCCGGUCAGCGUCUUAUCGCGAGCCAACAACUCGCCGAGGCCCGAGACAGUACCGCGGAGAUGAUUGUGGAGGCCAAGGUCAAGAAGGAUGCCCGCGAUGUACAAAUCAAGGGCGCAGCAGCCUGUGCACUAGUGGCAAUCAAGCUUCUACCGAAGAAGCCCAGCCCACUGAUCAAGGCAAUCAUGGAGAGCGUCAAGAACGAAGAGAACCAAGAGCUGCAGUCGCGAUCGUCAUCGACCAUUGCAAGACUGGUCCAGCUCUUCACCGAGUCUGGUCGUCGUGGUCCCGCUGACAAAGUGGUGGCCAACCUGGUCAAGUUCUCAUGCAUGGAGACAAGCGAGACGCCCGAGUUUGGGCCCAACGCAGGAAAGACGGACGAUGUUCUUUCAAUGCAGAAGGAUGAGGACCGUGUCGAUCGCCCUGAUGCCGCGCAGUAUGCCCGUGAGGCAAAGGCCGCACGCAUCACACGCCGUGGUGCAAAGGAGGCACUGCAGAUACUGGCCAAGACAUAUGGUCCCGAGCUGUUGGCUGUGGUGCCGAGCAUUCGCAGCGCUAUGGAGCAACCACUCAUCAAGGCCUUCUCGGGCGAUCUUCCUGCUGAGGCCAGGGAUCCUGAACAAACCUUUGGACAGGAGAUCGUCGAUGCCAUGUCGGUUAUCCGUACCAUGACACCCACAGUUGACGUGGCACUGCAUCCAUUUAUCAUGCAACUACUUCCCCUGGUCGCCACAGCUCUGCAUUCUGAGCUCUCGGUCUUCAGGUACAUGGCUGCAAAGUGCCUGGCAACUGUGUGCAGCGUCAUAACGGUGGAGGGCAUGACAGCGUUAGUAGAGAAGGUUCUUCCAUCUAUUAACAACCCUCUCGACCUCCAUUUCCGACAGGGUGCUAUUGAGACUAUUUACCAUUUGAUCGCCGUCAUGGGAGAUUCCAUUCUUCCCUAUGUCGUUUUCCUCAUCGUGCCCGUCCUGGGCCGCAUGAGCGACUCGAACGACGAUGUACGGCGCAUCGCAACUACUUCAUUCGCGACGCUGGUCAAGCUUGUGCCUCUUGAGGCCGGCAUACCAGAUCCGCCAGGUCUAUCUCAGGAGCUGCUGAAGGGUAGAGACCGCGAGAGAACCUUCAUUGCUCAGCUGCUGGAUCCCAAGAAGGUUGAGCCCUUCCAGCUCCCUGUUGCCAUCAAGGCUGAGCUUCGUUCCUACCAGCAAGACGGUGUCAACUGGCUUAAUUUUCUCAGGAAGUACCAUCUACACGGCAUUCUCUGUGACGACAUGGGUCUCGGAAAGACACUGCAAACUCUGUGUAUUGUUGCCAGCGAUCACCACGAACGUGCCGAAGAGUUCUCAAAGACAAGCAAUCCAGACAUGAGGCGCCUUCCAUCGUUGAUUGUCUGCCCUCCGACUCUGUCAGGUCACUGGCAGCAGGAAAUCAAAACAUACAGCCCGUUCCUCAGCGUCAUGGCCUACGUUGGACCGCCCCCCGAGCGAAAGGCAAUGAAGGACAGGCUCGACAAGCCAGAUAUCGUGGUCACGUCCUACGAUGUUUGCCGUAAUGACAUUGACGUCUUGAGCAAGUACAAUUGGAAUUACGUGGUGCUCGACGAGGGCCAUCUGAUCAAGAAUGCCAAGGCCAAGAUCAGCAUGGCGGUCAAGCAGCUGGCCAGCAACCACCGGCUCAUCCUCACCGGCACACCAAUCCAGAACAACGUGUUAGAGCUGUGGUCUCUCUUUGAUUUCCUCAUGCCAGGUUUCCUGGGCGCGGAGAAGAUGUUUGCGGAUCGUUUCGUCAAGCCUAUCUCCGCGUCGCGCUUCAGCAAGGCCUCAUCAAAAGAGCAGGAAGCAGGCGCACUCGCUAUCGAGGCGCUGCACAAGCAGGUGUUGCCUUUCUUGCUGCGUCGCCUGAAGGAGGAGGUGCUCAACGACCUCCCACCCAAGAUCUUGCAGAACUACUACUGCGACCUAAGCGAUCUGCAACGGAAGCUCUUCGAGGACUUCAGCAAGAAGGAGUCCAAAAAGCUCGCUGAGGAGGCUGGUCGGGACGACAAGGACGCCAAGCAACACAUCUUCCAAGCGUUGCAGUACAUGCGAAAACUGUGUAACUCUCCCGCCAUGGUGCUCAAGCCGGGUCAUCCUAAGUACGACGACACGCAGCGCAUCCUUGCAAAGAGCAAUACCAGCCUCGAAGACGCGGUCCACGCCCCCAAGCUGACAGCUCUCCGAGAUCUGCUUGUCGACUGCGGUAUCGGCACCGAGGGUCCAGAUACCAACGACCCGCUCUACCAGCCCAUCAAGCCUCACCGUGCCCUCAUUUUCUGCCAGAUGAAAGAGAUGCUCGAUAUGGUACAGAACACGGUCUUGAAGACCAUGCUCCCCUCUGUCACCUACCUGCGGAUGGACGGCUCGGUCGAGGCCAACAAGCGGCAGGAUCUUGUCAAUAAGUUCAACAGCGAUCCAUCAUACGAUUGUCUGCUGCUCACAACAAGUGUCGGUGGUCUCGGGCUGAAUCUGACGGGUGCAGACACAGUCAUUUUUGUCGAGCAUGACUGGAACCCACAGAAGGACCUGCAGGCUAUGGAUCGCGCGCAUCGUAUCGGUCAAAAGAAGGUUGUCAAUGUUUACCGGCUUGUCACUCGUGGAACACUGGAAGAGAAGAUUCUCAAUCUCCAGCGCUUCAAGAUUGAUGUCGCCUCCACGGUGGUCAACCAGCAGAAUGCGGGCCUGGCUACCAUGGAUACGGACCAGAUUCUUGACCUCUUCAAUAUCGGUGAUGCAGGACCAGGUCUGAUCCAAGAGAAGCCCGAGAAGGGCGGUCCAAGUGGCAGCGGCUUCGAGGGUCGUGAGGAGGACAUGGUGGAUGUGGAGACGGGAGAUGUACGGCAGCCCGGCAAAAAGGCGGCCUGGCUGGAGGACCUCGGUGAGCUUUGGGAUAACAAACAGUACGAGGAGAGUUUUGACCUCGAUGGAUUCUUGAAGACUAUGCAAUAAGGCAGAUGUUUUUUCUUUUCUUCUUUGAAUAUCGUUACUACCACUUGCAAGGUGUGGUCAAGAAGAAGGAAGAGAAGAGAAGAGAAAGAUACCAAAAACUGGUUCCGGGAGUUUUUUUUUUUUUUUGGUCAGGGAAAUAGGAGGCAGCAAUCAUAUGCAGAUGGAGUUGGCAACGGUGGUAUCUUGAGGCAGUCGGAUGGCGGGGGUUAGGGCGCCGGUAUGAUAGGACUUUGGAAGAGCGGUUUAGCAGGAAUUGAUUGAUCUUGAGGGCUCUUUUUUCAUACUAAUUCUCUAGGGCUGAUGAGCAAGGCGUUUGAAAUGGUUCUUUGUAUCAUCAUGUAUUGACUUUUGUACAGCAAUGAAUGGGGUGAUGAAAAGGAGUCUUUUCGGGGCAACCAUAUGUUUGUUUGCGGGACUGAAGCUAUAUGGAGGGUGGUAAAUGAAAUUCAAAAGCUGCUGUAC